ACUCCAAUCUGGCAACCCUGUACUGUAGCUCAUUGGCGUUAGCAGACGGAAGAGCGGUGAGAUUUGGCUGACAUGGCUGCUGGUGGCUCCUUCAGUAUAGUGGAGUAUUUCGGGGGUGACGAUGGCCAUCGUUGUGGUUACUGUAAAAACGCAAAGGGCAAUUUUUCCCAUGGUAUGUGGGCCCAUUCAAUGACCGUUCAGGACUACCAAGACCUCAUUGACAGGGGUUGGAGAAGAAGUGGCAAGUAUGUUUACAAGCCUGUCAUGAACAAGACCUGCUGUCCACAGUACACUAUCAGGUGCCAUGCCUUAAACUUUCAUCCUUCAAAGACGCACAAGAAGAUCUUGAAGAAGAUGACGAAGUUCCUGUCGAAAGGGGAGAAGCCAGCAGGCCAGUGUGAUGCUGGCUGUGAUGGUCUGUUUGACAUCCCUGGCUUCCUAAAGCCUCUCGCUUCAUCUCUUCAGCGGACAGUGGCUAUAGCUGUUGGAAUAUCCAAGACAUUUUUCUCAGGUGAGCGGAUGGACUCCAUGUUUGGAGAAGGAGGGGAAGUUCCUCCGGUAGAUCCUGGAAAAAUCCAGCACUCUCAAGUGGAGUGUCCCAUCAUCCCCAGCAGCCCUGAGAACGACAACGAUUCCAGACCAUCAACAUCAGAGACUUCAAGAGAGGAAACUGUGUCAUCAUCAGCAGGGAAGAGCCCACGCCUCAUGCCUAAACCAGGCGUGGGAGCGGAUCCAGGCAAACCUCCAUGUCGCAAAGCGAAGGAUAUCCGGAAAGAGCGACGACUACAAAAGGAGCAACAGAAGCAGCAAGAUGGCGGAUGCACUUUAACAAACCUGACGCCUGCUCCAGCAACCCCAUCAUCUGGGCAACCCAAACCGUUAGAAGAAUUUAUCACCGACUCGCUGCCUGAUGAGCCUCUUCAUCGUUUCGAGGUGAGGCUAGUGCCGAUCAGCUUUGAGGACCCUGACUUCUUGGCAUCGUAUGAUCAGUCAGUGGAGCUGUUUGCCCGUUACCAGAUGGCCGUUCAUGGCGACGAUCCAUUCGAAUGUGAUGAAAGCCAGUUUAAGAGGUUCCUGUGUGACUCACCACUAGAGGCGGAGACGUCUCCUGAUGGGCCUGAUAUGGGCUAUGGCUCCUUCCACCAGCAAUACUGGCUAGACGGACGUAUCGUAGCCGUGGGCGUCAUCGACAUCCUGCCCAACUGCGUCUCCUCGGUCUACCUCUACUACGACCCGGACUUCUCUUUCCUCUCACUGGGCUCCUACUCUGCUCUCAGGGAGAUUGCCUUCACAAGGCAAUUGCAGAAGCAGUCACCCAAGCUCUCCUACUACUACCUGGGUUUUUAUAUCCACUCAUGCCCCAAGAUGCGCUACAAGGGUCAGUACCAGCCUUCAGACCUUCUGUGCCCAGAGACGUACAUAUGGGUGCCCAUAGAGAAAUGCGUCCCCCGCCUUGACGCCUCAGUGUACGCUCGCCUCAACGAAGACACCCGAGCAGAGAAAGUCUUCCUUAUCAUUCCCUUUGACCUCUGACCUUGAGCCAUGCAGUGAACCUCCGGUGCCGCUGACUGAGAAAGCCUGCUGCCCCUCAGUAGGAGCUGUAAACGAGUAAAAAGAUGGAUGGAGCAGGGGAGAGGGGUGUUUAUAUGCGCAGCGGAUGUUUGGAUUGUUCAAAAGAGAGAGCCCCUGACACCCUUGACAGCUCUGCGCAGUGUUAUUGGCAUGCUUAAUUGUGGAGCUAAAAGCCGUCUGUCUGCCCUGUUUACUCUCACAGUUUGACAUCUCGUCAUUCUCAAGCGAUUUUUUUUUGUUCCCAUCAAUGACUUGUGCUCUUCAAGGCUUAUAGCCAUAGCCAUGUAUCACUGCGCCUUCUUUUUCUUUUCAUGUUUUUAUGAGCGUCAUGUACUCCAUGAGAAAUAUGCUGAAGCUCCGAGUUUCAGUCCUGAGCCAGAGAUGAUCCUUGGAUUGAUGUUAUGCAACUUGUUUAUUCCCAUAGGAUGUCUGAUCCCAUUUUCCCCUCUUCUUCUUCUUCUUCUUCUUCUUCUAAUUUCGAGACUAAUUUAAUAUACAUAAUCAUUGAGUGUGUACAUGGAAAAGUUUGAAUGUCGCCAGAGUGCCUUAUGAAGAUUCUUUAAACAAAUCAUGAAAGCCAAAAGAAAUUCUUUCCAGAGGAAUAAACGCUCAUUUCUGCCAAACGCGUUGAAAAAGAAGAGAGAGGGCCUCAAGUGUUUUCUGGGACCUUUCUUCUUCUUCUUUUAUUUUUUUAGCGUUUUGCGUGAGAAUAAUAAACCGCACGCUGUUUAGGUUCGAUGGGGAGAGUUUUGGGGUACAGUAUAAGCGUUCAGUAUGAGAGCUGACUAUCAGCUAGUGAGUGUCUCAGUUCCUACAUGUACAUCUCCACUUCCUCUUUUUCUCCCUCACAGUUUCGCCUGGUACUCAUUUAUCAUCAUUCUGUUCAAACACUGACACACACUCACACUGCCAACUCUCACUGACUGACUGUCUCCGGAAACUAGUUAUCCCCUCUCUCUCUCUCUCUCUCUCUCUCUCUCUCUCUCUC